GUCAAAGGUUCGAUUUUCUCUAAAGUUGGUUCUUUCAUUUCAUUUCAUUCAAAUUCUUCAUGAGGGCAACACCAAUAUUGGUUAGAUCAGAGCUGAAAAACAAUACAAUGAUUCUCCUCCUAAGAAAGGGGAAGAUUCAGUCUGCCGUUAAGCUGUUUGACAAAAUGAUUAAGUGGGGAGUUCAACCGGAUGCAAUCACAUGUGGUACGAUAAUAACUGGGCUUUGUAGAGUUGGUGAAUUAGACAAUGCUCUUGAUUUGCUGAGGAACAUGUCUAAAUGGAAUUGCAAAGCUGAUGUUGUUUCUUAUAGUGUGAUCAUAGACACACUGUGCAAAAGAGAAUCAGUAGACGAGGCAAUAAAUCUGUUUUCUGAAAUGAUAGAUGAUUCCAAUAUUGCACCCAAUGUCAUUGUUUAUAAUUCUCUGAUUAACGGGCUUUGCAAAAAUGACAGGUUAAGUGAAGCGGUCAGACUCUUCGAUAGCAUGUCUAGUCGAGGAGUUUCUGCGGAUGCAUAUACUUACAAUUCUCUGAUUCAUGGGCUCUGCAAUUCUGAUAGGUUAAGCGAAGCAGUUAGACUCUUCGAUUGCAUGUCUAGUCGAGGAGUUUCUGCGGAUGCAUAUACUUACAAUUCUCUGAUUCACGGGCUUUGCAAUUCUGACAUGUUAAGCGAAGCAAUUAAAGUCUUCGAUAGCAUGUCUAGUCGAGGAGUUUCUGCGGAUGCAUAUACUUACACUACUCUAAUCAAUGGAUUUUGCAAGCGUGGGUUAUGGAAGGAAACAAUAAGAUAUUUUGAUGAAAUGGUUGGGAUUGGAAUUUCACCCGAUGUAGUUACUUUUAGUGUGUUAAUUGAUUCUUUGAGUAGAGAAGGAAGGAUGGAAGAAGCUUACAGGAUAUUUAAUGUGAUGAUUAAGUUACGUGAAGAACCUGUUGUAUUUAAUUAUAGUUCCAUGUUACUUGGUCUGUGUUUAACAGGUAAGCUACAGGAGGCACACAGAUUGUUUGACUCAAUGACGGAUAAGGGGCUCGAACAAGAUGUUUACAGCUUCAAUCUGUUGAUUAAUGGAUACUGCAAAAGUUCUAGGGUGGGUGAAGCCAUUCGACUAUUUAAGGAAAUGCGAAUGAAGGGAUUGAAACCGGACCUGGUUACAUAUAAUGCAUUAAUAGUUGGACUAUGCAAGGACGGAAAAGUUGGAACGGCACAGAGCAUGUUAACUCAGAUGCAAUCUGAUGGGGUAUCUCCGAGUAUAGUUACAUACAAUGUACUUGUGAAUGGGUUGUGCAAAGCUGGAAACAUUGAGAAGGCAAGACGAUUGUUUUCUGAAAUCCCUGACAAAGGAUUAGUUGCAAACGUUGUAACAUAUACCACUAUGAUCAAUGGCAUGUUCAAAAAAGGGAUGUUUGUUGAAGCUGAAAAACUGAUUACUGAAAUGAAAAAUAAAGGUUGCAUGCCAAAUGCCACUACAUAUGAUACCAUUAUAAAUGGUUAUCUUAGGGGAAACAAUGUUACAAGAGCAUUAGAGUUUCUUAAAGAAAUGCGCGGAAGGAAAUUGUCGCUGACUGACGCCACUAAAUCUCUGUGCAGUUCAUCCGAUUGCCAAUCGAAGAAUUGAGGAGAACUUCUGACAUGGUCACCGCUGUGCAUAUGUCGCUCAUUUUAUGUGCAUUAGUUUACGCAGCAGUUUGGGUUCUUCGUGUACUUAGUGUUUUGGGAUAAUAUUGGAAUUCAACCAUGUUUGUAUAAGAAGUUGAAUAAUAUUGGAAUUCAACCAUGUUUCUUGACAUUGAACAUUUUGAUUAAUUGUUAUUGUCAACUGAAGGAAACUGGUCAUGGGUUC